UUCAACAUGGCGGCGUGCGGUGUUAUUUUGACGUCGACACUACCUGCGAUUGAUGGGGAUUUGUUGAAUUAUGUGACUGGUGUUCUAGAGGAUGCCGAUGAGUUUAAUAAUGCCAACGAUGUCUACGAAGCAGUGGGCGGAGUCCUACACGAAGUUGCCCAAGACAAGGAGACAGAUGAAAUCUUGAAGCUUUGUGAAAAACUUCUUAAAGCCGUGAAAGUCGGAACUGAUCAGGGGUCCAAUGCGUCUACCAGCAUGAUCCUCCUUGAUGCUCCAGUGCACAUCGGUGCGAGACUUGAAGCUGAAGAACAUGGAGAAGGUGACGCUUCAAUAUGGAUGGUGAAAAAGGACAACUCAAUGCUGGUUAACAAAAAGAAACUGGAAAAAGCAGAAGCGAAGAUAAAAGCGAAGCAGGAACGACGAGCACAAAAAGAAGUAACGACAACAAAACAAACAGGGUCUACCAUUACAGCAUCAGCUAGCCAGGCUGUCAACAGAAAGGAACAAAAAAUGGACGAAUCUGGAAACAGUCGGGCAACGGACAUCAGAAUCGAGAACUUUGAUGUGGCAUUUGGUGACAAAGUGUUGUUAAAAGAAGCCAAUUUGACCUUGACCUUUGGAAGAAGGUAUGGUUUUUGCGGAAGGAACGGCGCAGGAAAGAGCACAUUACUAAAAAUGAUCUCAAGUGGCGAGCUUCGCAUCCAGUCUCAUAUCAGUAUUCUUCACGUUGAACAAGAAGUUAUUGGAGACGAGACGAUAGCAUUGGACAGUGUGCUAGAGAGCGACGUGCUGAGAGAAAAACUUCUGAAGGAGGAGCGACAACUCAUCGAGAAGCUCAACGCCACAAGUCCGGGUGGUGCAGAUCCCACUGUCAGCAGCAGACUGUCGCAGGUGUACGCAAGUCUUGAAGAGAUAGAGGCUGAUAAAGCUCCGGCAAAGGCAGGGAUGAUUCUAGCCGGAUUGGGAUUCUCACAAGAUAUGCAGAAAAUGAAAACACGGGAGUUCUCCGGAGGUUGGAGGAUGCGCUUGGCACUAGCGAGGGCGCUCUUCUCUAAGCCAGACCUACUGUUACUUGACGAGCCUACAAACAUGUUAGAUAUAAAAGCCAUCCUGUGGCUUGAGAGUUACCUACAGAAUUGGCCGAGCACUCUUCUAGUCGUCUCCCACGACAAAAACUUCCUGGAUGUCGUCUCCACCGAUAUUCUUUACCUCCACUCAAAAACAUUGGAUGCGUUCAAAGGCGAUUACGAGACGUUCUUCAAGACGAAAACCGAACGUCUGUCCAACCAGCAGAAGGAGUUUGAAGCACAGAAACAGUUCAGGGAGCACGUUCAGGGAUUUAUCAAUAGGUUCAGAUACAAUGCCAAUAGAGCAGCACUGGUACAGAGUAAGAUUAAGAUGCUGGAUAAGCUGCCAGUUUUGAAACCAGUGGAGCGUGAUCCAGAUGUCAUUCUAAAAUUCCCCGCAGAGUUUGAAAAGUUAUCUCCGCCAAUCCUACAGCUGGAUGAAGUCGAAUUCUACUAUACGAAGGAGAAACCAAUAUUCAAAAAGAUUGAUAUUUCGGCGAAUAUGGAAUCACGGACAUGUAUAGUCGGUGAGAACGGCUCCGGUAAGACGACGUUACUCAAGAUCCUGAUCGGCGAGCACCAUCCAGUGGCGGGUGUCCUCCACAAACACAGAAAUCUACGAGUGGGGUACUUCAGUCAGCAUCAUGUCGACCAACUGGACAUGGACCAGACACCAAUCGAAGUUGUAGCAUCACGUUUCCCAGGUCAUACAGUGGAGAGAUAUAGACACCAACUGGGAAGCUUUGGAGUGACCGGAGAGCUGGCCACAAGAUCUGUGGCCAGCUUAUCAGGGGGACAGAAGAGUCGAGUCGCCUUCGCACUCAUGUGUAUGGGGAAUCCGAACUUUUUGAUUCUUGACGAGCCGACCAAUCAUCUGGACAUAGAAACCGUAGAGGCUUUGGGUAAAGCUAUUAAUGCAUUCAAGGGAGGCGUAAUGCUAGUAUCUCACGACGAGAGUCUUAUACGUAUGACCUGCAAGGAAUUAUGGGUGUGUGCAAAUGGUGAGGUGACGUCAAUGGAGGGGGGACUGGACGAAUACAAGCGAAUCGUCGAGGCAGAGUUUGCUGCUCAGAAGUAACUUUGAAAUCACUGGAAAUUGACUCUUAACGACUGCUGGUGAAAGUAAUUGACUCCUGCGGAGUAUAAUUUGUGAAACAAAAACGAAAAGACAAUCUGAAUUUUGUAAGGAUCAUGGAGGAUCCUUUUUCUCUCUCUUAUAAAUUUCAACAACCCUCUCACCCUCAAGUUGGGAAGGUUGUGCAUUCUGCUCCACCAGCCAGGCUGCUUGUGGAUGAGACCAAUGCGUACAUCCUUACGGACUGUGAAGGGGAUAACCCUGUUUCAGCCCCAUGAGUUGUAGGUAGCAGCGGCCCCUGAUGGUGGCAGUUGAUUUGGGACAUGCUUGCUUAAGUCGAGUGGUGUCCUCGAAUCACGAUGGUUCCCCCAAGCCUUCCUGUCCCCCAUUGCCGACUUGAAAUCUGCUGAUUCAAGUCCCGUGUCCUUUUUGAGAAUGUCAGUGUAGGUUAUUGCUGGUCUACCAGGUUUCCUCCUCCCAUGCUUAGGGGUCCACAGAAUGUCAGUGUAGGUUAUUGCUGGUCUACCAGGUUUCCUCCUCCCAUGCUUAGGGGUCCACAGAACAAUAUUGGAGACUGGUUCGUCUUUGCUCCUGUAGCAGUGGCCAGCAAAUCGCAUCCUUCUCUGUCUGAUUUUUGUUGAUAGCUUGGGUAGGUUCCCAUAUAGGAUAUUGUUAGUCAUAUGUUGACUCCAGUGGAUGUUGAGAGCUGUUCGUAAUAGCCUUGUGUAUCACCCAUUUAUCUGCUUUUCCAGUUUACCCCAAAUCAUUGAAGUGUAGCCCUUGCCUUGAAAUGGCCCUCCAUGGCGUUGUGAUGCAAUCAAGAUAAAUUAAAAGAAAAUUUGUGGUAGAUUGUGGAGCCCUCUGUGUCACUAUCCAACAUCACAUAGACAAAUCCAAUGAAACACAAAUGGUAGCGCCCUCUAUAGAAAAUUACCAACUGCGGUGUCUUUUUGUGCACAUUCUAUUAGGCAUUGAAGACCCGCAGCAAAUGGCCCGUGGUGUUCAACACUUGUGCGCCCGUUGCGCGUCGGAUUGGUCUAUACAUGCUUCACUGACUGUUCAUUGACUGCAAUGCUGCAUCACUUUUCAGUCAAGUUUCAAGUACGGCUGAGUUCGAGGGUGGCCGAGUAUGGAGUAUAGUACUCGAGUAUCAAGUACUGGUCAUGUUCCUCGUAUCAACUAACAAUAAUGUAUGCUUAUAAUCAUUUUGCAAAUAGGAACCAGACUAUUUUGUUCUUCCAGCCUCGGUUUGGUAACAUUGAAAUCAAUAGGAGAAACUCAAGAUGGCUCUUUACAAAGAGUGGUCGUCAUAUCACUCUUUUAGAGGGGUUUCACUCCAGGACAGUGAAAAAUCACUCAAAACACAUGCAAACUUCAAUCUAAAAGAGUGGAAGGACAACUCGAACAAGAGUUGUCCCAUCGUAUGGCUUAUCAAAACGUGAUUUUUCACUCUUUUGCAUUAAGAUAGACAGCAGCAUUUGACAGUGUAAACGAUUUUGAGAAAACAUUUCACUUUAAAGUAAUGCGUUUUUGUGCCCCCAAAUUUGAAUCUGAGAAGCGUUUGCGUAUGCCUAUUUGGAAAUUAUUUUUCCUGCAUGGAUAACUUCGCUGUGGAUUUUCGGCAAUAUCUCAAAACCGCAGCCAACUUUUGAAAUGAAAUUUUCAGAUGGUAGUUUUAUGUUGUGUACGUCUCCAUUCAUAUAGGAUAAAAGCAGUAGAAUGGUCACGAAAAACCAAAGGUAUGCCUUAAGGUCCCUGCCAUACUUUUUCUCUACCCAUUUUAAAAAAAAGUAAAACAAAAUAUCUUUUUCCAGUAUUUAUUUAUACAGCAGUUGCAUAUAUAAAUUUAUCAUUGUCACCAAAUGACUAAAACCUCAUUGACGGAUGUGUAGGCAUUCAUUAUAAAGGCAGUGGACACUAUUGGUAACUACUAAAAAAUAACUUAGAGCAUAUAACCUUACUUAGUAACGAGUAAA